UAAUCACAAAUACGAAUAUCAAAAUGAAGCUCUUAAUCAUUUUGUUGAUGGUGGUUUCCUUUUUACAAACACGGGUAGGCUCCUUUGACCAUUACAUGUUAGCUGAAGUAUGGCCGGCAGGGUUUUGUCAGACUCAUACCUGUAUAAAAAAGGUCAACAAAUUUAUAAUACAUGGCCUAUGGCCACAGACUAAACCAGCUGUGGAUCCAUCUCACUGCCCAGAAACUUCUGAAUUAAAGCUUGAUGGUUCAUUGGUGAGGAAGCUUCAUGUUGAUUGGCAAUCUUUAACAAACACGAAAGACGAAGUGUUUUGGAAAGCGGAGUGGGAUAAACAUGGAUCUUGCUCCAUGUUGGAACAAAAUAAGUACUUUGAAAUCGCAUCAACAGUUUAUCGUAAACAUAGUAUCAGAGAUAUACUUAAAGCAAAGAAUAUAGGAGAUAAGUUUAUUGCGGAAUCCUUAUCGAAACAAGUAUUUGAGAAGGCUAUUAAAGAUGGCAUUGGCAGUAAACCGCAACUUUACUGUGACACUCAACAUAAUUUAGUAGAAGUAAGACUUUGUUUGGAUAAAAAUGACCCUUAUGAUUUUAAGGACUGUUCUGCUGCUUCUGCAUCCUGUCCAGAUAAGGGUAUAAUAUUCCAAUAUUCAUAUACCCCGCAUGGUGUUAUGACCCAUGAUGACCCUAUGGACUCUGAAGAAAAGCAAUUGCCAAGGGUCAUGCCCCCUCUCUAAUAUACAGACGCAGCAGCAAUAGUAUGUCACAUUUCCAUAUUCAUAUUCGUGGUUGAGAUAGAUAUGCAUGAAUCAUCAUGAGUCAUGUAAUCACUUCUUCCUUUUAAAUAAAUGGAAAUUUAUUUUACUUA